AUGUUCAGCGCAAAAGUGCUUAGGAUAGCAGUGACUGCGAGUGUUCGCCAUUUAUGCCGACAGUUGAGUGUGGCGGACACAGUUGCCGCCUACGAAUGUUGUGCAACCGACCAGAGUAGUUCGUCAGUGUCAAGCGCAAGUUGUUCGGUUGCACCAUCUAACAAGCAAAAAGAAGGACUUCGUGAAACUCGAAAGCGAAUCAGGAGGUGGAAAAGCCGAAAUGCGUUAUUGCCUGAGAGUGAUUCGGAAGUUAGUGAUCCUCUUCAAAACGGCGUACAGAAGAUUUCCGAAGCAGAAUUCAUUCAAAAAGUGGAAGAAGAGGAACGAGAAUGGACUGAGCGGACUGAAGAUUUGAUGACAAAUCUGACUGCCGUUGCUAAUGAAGAAGAGAACCUCGGAGUGAUGCCUCCGUCUAAACGGUUAACUCCAGAAGAGCUGGAGUUAAAACGAAAGACUGGAAAAGUUGUUUUCCGCUCCAUUGUGUAUAAUGAAGGAGAGCUAGAUGCCACUGAUCUCAAUAUGCCUCCAUCUCAUACAAACCCUCAUCCAUUCGUACCUUCGAAACAUGCUCCCUCUGUAUACACUCGAACGCUCGUUCCUUUGGUUAAUCAUUAUCCUCUUUUACAAGCCCUUGUGGAUAUUGGAGUCAACCUUUUCGAGAUUGACCAGACUACUCGUGCGGGAAAGUUUCUGUUACGUUUAGACACACAGAAGGACGUGAAGCCUAAGCUUCAAUGGCUCAUUUCUCUUGGAUUCGAGCCUAGUGAUGUUGGCGAAUACCUGACACGUAACCCAUUCUUUCUGCUUCAAGACUUGAACGAUAUGCAGGCUCGAGUGAAUUAUUUGACUUCCAUGAAGUUUUCGAACGAAGAUGUUUGCAAAAUUAUCAAUGAUUUCAGGUAUUGGCUGAACGUGGACGUAAAGACGAUGGAUUCUCGAUUGGGAUGGAUCCAACAACAGUUCAAGUUGAGCGGUGAUGAAGUCCGCGAUCUCGUUCGUAAGGAAGCACGUAUCCUCAUGUUUGGAUUGGGUCCUUUGCAGAGGCUCGUAACCUUGUUCAACAAAGAGUUUGAAUUUACUCCGAAAGAAUUGAAGCAGAUGCUUCUAUCUGAUCCAAGACUUUUCAUGAUGGAUGCGAAAUACAUCACCGCCAACUAUAGCUACGUUCAUAGAACAAUGCACCUUCCGAAUUCCCUUAUCGCCAAGCAUCCAUUUAUUCUUCGCUGUUCACAUAGCAGUAUUCGUAAUAGGCAUGAAUUCUUGAAAAAGCUUGGGAGAGCUGUUUAUGAAGGUGGUUUAGUUGAACAAGAAAGUGACGAUGUAAACAAGAGGGUGGAUGAAGAGAUGCAGGUCGUUGCUAUGGAAGUUUUUCUCGAUCCUAGCGAUGAAGUUUUUGUGAGAAAGGCUGCCAACACCUAUUUAGUCAUUUACAACAACUUUUUGCGAAACAACUAA